AUGUAUGUUGAGUUUGAACAAUCUGAGGCAGACCGGAAUAUUCUACGGGAAGAUUAUAAUAGUGACAGUGAGGAAGAGUUCGAAAGCAACUAUGAAUUUGUUGCUCCAAAUGGAGAUGAAGAUGAAGGUGACGCACCCAUGGCCCCAGAUGUCACGGAAGUGGCAAAUGCACUCGGGAACGAAGUUCCGUUUGAGGAGCCAUCCUCCAUGCGAGUUUUAGACCUGGAAGCCAUGCAUGUUCCAGAAUUUCCAGAAUAUAUGACUGCAGCAGAAAUUCCUAUUGUGGAAGACGGUGAAUUUGGCGUAGGUAUGGAGUUCAGUUCAAGAGAAGCUGUUAUUAAGGCGGUAAAAGACUAUAGCAUACGACGAAGCGUAGACUACCGGGUGUUUGAGUCUGAGCCGUUGACAUUUUAUGCCAAGUGUACACAAUAUGGGUCAGGGUGUGAUUGGCUUAUUAGGGUUAGCUUGAUCAGCAGGAGGUACUGUUGGGUUAUAAGGAGGUAUAAUGGUAGUCACACAUGUACUAGAGCCACCAUUUCACAGGAUCAUUCGAAGCUGGAUUCUAUCACAAUUGCAGAAGCAAUUAAGCCACUGGUUGAGGCGGACCCAGCAUUGAAGGUAAAAUCGGUUAUAGCUGAAGUCAAUCGAAGUUCAACUACACCGUCAGUUACCGGAAAGCAUGGCGAUGAGUUGGUGGGUGAUAUUCGGGUAAUGCAUCGUGUAUUUUGGAGUUAUUAUCCUUGUAUUAGGGCAUUCAGACAUUGUAAGCCAAUUGUACAGGUGGAUGGGACACACUUAUACGGAAAGUAUAAGGGUUGUUUGCUUGUGGCAGUUUCACAAGAUGGCAACAACAAUAUCGUCCCAAUUGCAUUUGCUAUUGUGGAGGGAGAGACCUCUGAUGCAUGGCAUUUUUUCCUUAGUAACCUUCGUCAACAUGUUGUAACUCGUGACGAUGUGGGACUAAUAUCCGACAGGCACGAAUCCAUAAAUGCGGCUGUGGAACGCAGUAACGGAGCGUGGUCACCUCCAAGAGCUUUUCAUAUGUUUUGCAUCAGGCAUAUAGAGUCAAACUUCUUGAGAAAGUUCAAGGCACCGUACCUCCAAAAAUUGGUCGUGAACAUCGGAUAUUCUAGGACGGUGCGGGAGUAUGAGGUGCGUUACGAGCGGUUACGGGAACGUGGUGAGGCGUACACAAACUGGUUAAACCGAAUUCCUCGCGAGCAGUACGCAUUGGCCUUUGAUGGUGGGUAUCGAUGGGGGCACAUGACAACGAAUCUUGUGGAGUGCAUUAAUUCAGUUUUGAAGGGUGCACGUAAUCUCCCCAUAACUGCUCUUGUGAAGGCAACAUUCUACAGGCUAAAUGAGUUAUUCACCCGAAAAAGAGCGGAGGCGGAAGCAAGGAUCAAUGCUGGGCAUGUGUUCUCUGAAAUCGUGACCUCCAAGUUGCAUGCAAACCAACUUGCAUCAGGAAAUAUUCAGGUUAGUUGCUUUGACCGCCAGAAUGAGGUCUUUGAGGUUUGGGAGAUGCCAAGUAGAAUGGAGUUUGCAGUCGAUCAACGUGGCCUACGAUGUGACUGUGGUGAGUUCCAGGUGGACAGGAUCCCCUACAGACAUGUAUUUGCAUGUUGUGCCAACCAGCGACUGGAUUGGCAAAUGUAUGUACAUGAUGUGUAUAAGAUGGACCAAGUGCGGCGGGUGUACCGAGCAAGGUUUAGGCCACUGGGUAAUCCUGCUACAUGA